AUGGCACUUAAACGUAUUCAAAAGGAACUUUCAGAAAUCAGUAGAGAACCACCUGUUGGAAUUAGUGCAGGACCUAUUGAGGACGAUGACUUAUUCAGUUGGGCCGGUGGAAUUUUCAAACUUAAGAUUGAUUUUUCACACGACUAUCCAUUUAAACCACCAUCAGUAGAUGGAUCAAUUUGUGUUGAUUUAUUAAAAACUGAUGUCUGGAAGCCAUCAACAAAGAUUACACAAGUUCUUAAAUCUAUUGCUAGUCUUCUUGAACAUCCUAAUCCUGACGAUGCUUUAGUGGCCUCUAUUGCUGAAAUUUAUAAUACAAACAAGUCAAAAUUUGAUAAAACUGCUAAAGAUUUUGUGAAAAAGGAAAAACAACAAGAAAAACCAUUACUUGCACCCGAUAAAUUAUUUCAUCCAUUGUCAAAAUCUCCAAUAAAAGAAAUUCAACAGAAAUCAAAACUGAUUCGUCAACACGGUAAAUGUCCCGUAUGCGAAGAAACUUUAUCAAAAGAGCUUAGAAAACAACCUGUUUAUGAAUGUGAAGAUUGCGGAUUCCCUACUCAUUGCUCGAGAGAACAUUAUUUAAAAGAUCUAGAAAAUCAUAAGAAACAUGUCUGUGAUAUGUUAAGAGAAGUUAAUGAGGAUGAUCAUGAUUUGAAAAGUGGAAGAAAGUUGAUUGAAUUAGAUUUUCCUGAAACUCAACCGGUUGAUGAAGCGGUAAAUAUGUUAAAUUGGAAUACAUUUUUUUAUACAAGAGGGUUUCCUAGCAUUGAUUCUGAACGUUCUUUAAGACAUAUCUCUAAAGUUUUGACAUUUCCAAUAACUAUUGGAUCAAUCUUGCAUAAAUAUAGUCCAUAUAUUCUUAAAAAUCGUUUAACAUUAGAAGGACUAAAAUCUUUAACUGCAUUACGAUCAACAUUAUAUUCUACACAAGUGAAUAACAGCAUUAGAUCAAUUAAAAUGGUAAACGCUAUAAGGGUCUUUAUAAUAGGAGCACGUGGAGAAGCACAAUUACCGUUAAAUGUGUACACACAAUUAUCCUAUUUAUUUCCAGAUUCGAUUAUCCAUAUAUAUUUCAUUGGUCCUGAAUCAAUAUUACCAAAAAAAGAUCAACCAGAUUCAUAUAGCAAAAGUUAUAAUUAUAAAUUAGGUUUUACAUGGAACAAUUCAUCAUAUGAAGAUUUUCAUGAUACAGCCAAGCCUUUUGAUCCAUAUUAUGAUGUGUUCUUUUUAUUUAGCCCGGGAAUUGGACAACAAGAUGGUAUGGAGACUUGGGAAACUUCAUUGAGAAAAUUAUUGACAACUAAAUGUGGAAUAUUUAUAACGGGAUUUGAUGAGAGCGAUUUGUUAAAGGAUUUUAAAGCGAUAGAAAAUAAUGAUGCAUUUGAAUUCGAUUUGUUGUUAGAACCAGGUGAAAACAUUUACAAAAGUCUAAGAAGAGAAAUUAAUCCUUUGGAUGUUAGAGAAGGUAUUUAUACAAAUUGGGGAAUAUUUGGUAUAAGAGGUAAAAGGUACGAUGUGAAUGUUUAUGGUGAUGAAGAUACUGAACUUGUAGGUGAGGAGGAAGAAGAAGAAGAAAUAAUUCAUGAAAUAAAGAAAUUAGAGAGUGGCACUAAAAAGAACUGA